ACGAUCGUCACCCUAAAGCUAUGUAAACAAAGAAAGUGGAAAAAUGACCCUAAUUUUGAACAUUAUGUGUGGUUCAUACAUUGAUUGAUUUUGAAAACCAUGACCUAUUAUCAUGAGCGGUGAGCUGUACCUUCGCCAUAUGCUCAAAAGCCUAUCCUGUAAACUAACCGCCAAAUCGUUCCUGUGGCCUCUCUUCAUUGUCUCCUUCCUACUUCUACUUCUUAUUCUCUACUAUUGUACUCAGAUCGAGAUCAGUCACAACCUGGAUGGGCUCCAAUCCGGUCCCAACUCCGACCAUCCAUGUGCCACCCAUUCAGCUGCGUUCCAGGAUCACUUUGUGGUGCCCAAUCACGUGCAUUUUGUCCAUUUUAACACUCCAAACUUCUCAUUUGUCUCGUUCGUGUGCAUUGCUUCAGCCUUAAUCAAUCACAGACCCGAGAGGGUCAUCAUUCACACCAAUGUCAACACGACCGAACUUGAUCAGGACCGCUUCGUCCGAGUUUUGCGGCGAAAUUUCCCUCUGACCGUAGAAUUCCGCACUACUCGCCGUCCGACCCACGUGUUUGGGGUACGACUCGGCAGCGCUUUUCACGCCACGGAUGUGUACCGCCUGCAUGUGGCCGUCAAAGAGGGCGGCAUCUUUCUGGACCAAGACACAUUUGUGGUCCAAAGUUUGGACCCAUUGAGAUAUUAUCCGGCGGUGGUGGGCUGGCCUGAGGGACAGUUUGUGGGCACACAAGCCCUUUUUUUUGAGCCCCAAAGUUACUUUGGCCGAGUGUGGUUGGAGUCGUAUCGGGAUUAUCGACCCUCAUUGUGGUAUUACAAUAGCGGAGAACUUCUCACCACUACAGUUUUACGGCAGUGUCCGGACUUGGUCCAUCGAGAGCCGGUUUUGUUAGGAGUACAAGGGUUGGCCCAUGAACUUUAUGAAAUGAUGUGGGACCAGUGGCGAAAAUACUACACUGUACAUUUAUUAUUCAGACACCGCGAGUAUCUGACCCCGGGGGAUCAAAAUCAGAGUGGGAUUAUGGAAUUUGACGAGGUGAAUGUUUGGAACUAUAACCACACAUUUGGAGCCAUGGCUCGUCAAGUGCUUUCAAAUAUACAAGAUUUUCCUUGAUAUUGAGAAGAUUUUGAAGAAAUAAUACACACUUAACGAUGACAUAGUAAACAAUUAAAAGUUCCACCGUAUGAUUCGAGUAUCAAGAUGUGUGAUCCCACGUCUGCUUCGAUCAUCGAUAAUUUGCUGGCGUCGACUAGAAAGUGAAUUGGCCAUUAACGCAAAAACUAACUUAAUAAUAGCUCCAUUCAACGAGUAACGUACUAGAUAUAACUUUUAUGUAUGACUAUCAGUUUCCUCUGGAAAGGUGGUAGCGAUUUGGAAAUAACAACGAUUACCUCUUUACGGUAUAAUGUAUACCAGUCAAGAAUAUUUUUAAAGGGGGUUGGGGGUGCUAGGGUCGGAGGGUGCACCUCAACAGGCCAGCGAAGCCAUCCAUAACGUCACCCAUGUCCGAAUUCCGAUAUGCAAUUUCAAGUCCGGUAUCAGUUUUGGUUCUCCGCCUGUGGGAGCAGUUAGCGUCUAAAAAUUUCCUAAGGAAAGGUCUGGGAGACUGCAUGAGAGGCAGCAUGAACAAUGCAAGAAUCUUCUCUCCAGGCUGAUUUUUUAAAAGUCAGAUGGCAGCCCUCUCACUUGGCCUGUCAUCUGAAUAUGGUGCAUGGUGUGCGAUCACAAAACUUGACCAUGUUAAAAGGGCAUGGUCCCAGGGAUCAGGGUCAAUUCCUAACACUGGCAUUUCCCAUUAAAUGGCAACGUCGAGACCACGUCCUAAUCUUUGUCACUAGGGUGAACUAGAAAGGAGAUGUCGCAACAAAGCAAAAGUUGCACGGCCUAGAACUUAAGUUACGGGUUGAACAAAACGCCUUGUACAGGGACUUGGCUCGUACGUUUCGCUUUCCUUUUCUCGUGCAUUGAAGCCUACUCUCCAAGACCAUUUGAUAUUGAUGGAAAGCUGAUAAACGUUAUUCUCCACCGAUUAGUCGGCGGUGUUCAUUUUUAAAUUUGUGACAAACUGUUAGAACGGUUUGGAGAGAGUUUAAGGGCUAUUAAUAUCGUGUUAGGUUAGGUUGGGUUAGGUAAGGUUAGGUUAGGUUAAGUUUAAAAAAGUAGCACCGCCAACUAAUCGGUAGAGAACAACGUUUACCAUGGAAAGCUUCACAAGCAUUAAUAACUGAAGGCAGGCUGGCCAGGGUUUUUUUUCAGCCAGCAAAGCUUGCUCGUGCAAAAUCAAUGGUAAAAAAAUGCUAAUUGGAAUUCGAAAAUGCUAGAACAAUGCUACUUUUUUUUUUAAAGAAAAGCAAAUUAUUUAUGGUGCUUGUAAAGAAUUUCAGUUUUUGCAAUUCAAUUAUAUUUAGAACUCUUUCACAGGGUAUGUUCAAGCAACAUCUUGAAGAUUCUACUUUUACAAAAAAAAAAAAACCCACAAAAAUCUAAAGCAAAACCUGGCAGUAAAAACUGAUGCAGAUGUGUUUAUGAUAUUCUCCUAAUUUUGAAACCCGAGACUUAUAAGGGGACACGAAAAAGUGACAAGGUUUUUUUUUGAGCAAAAAUGUGUUUUCAGGAUUUGAACAAGGUUUUUUUACACACAAUUAAAUUGAUCUUAUGGCCAAAAAAUGUUCUUCUUGGGUGAGAUUGGAUCAUGAAAAUAAGACGAUUUCUUUUUUUAUUGUGCAACAUGCUUCAAAGUGGACAUUAGCAAGAGCUGCAAUAAGUUUCUUUAUCCAUAGAGCGCAAUUGUUGUCUGUCUCUUCGAUUUUAUUAUUUUUUUGAUAUUGCGAUUUGGUUUACCUCAAAUGUGUGGGGGGAAUACUUUUCUGAGUACAAUGAAACUGACCAAAAUAUUUAUGUUUGUUUGAAUAUUAUAGUGAAUAAACCAUGCUUACAUUUA